AUGCUCAUCACCAUCAAAGUGCUCGAACAGGUUUUGAUGUUCUCCGCGCGGAUUUGGGAAAUCCAUGCGCCGGAAGACGCCGUUCACCCCGGGACAUUGCCAGCGACUUUCGAUCUCUGCGAUGAUUCGGUGUCGAGAAAGAUGCUAUACAUGUACUGCUGCGUACGAAUCUUGUUUCCCGACACUCAUGAGGCGACCAUGCACCGGACACGGGCCGUCUUCCAGAUGAGCUCUGCAGAUGCGGCCGAGCUACUUCUCGACACGCUCAGCGACGACGAGCUGGAGGCAGGAGGGCACUCAAUGUGUGACGUGGACGAGGACCUGUUUGACGGCGAGGACGACGAGUCUUACCGUUCUGACAUGUCUGACGUUGAAUCUGGCGAAGACCCAGACCUGUCGGAAGGAGGGAAGUUAGACGACGAUCAUAGUGAUUCAGACAUCUCAGACGAAAGCUACAGGCCUGGUGCAGAAGAAGACGAUAGCGAUAUAGAGUAG